CAUGCCCAUCCCUUUGGAAAGAAAAAGAAAACUCACACUAAACGACGGCGAGAAAAAGAGCGAGGGAAAAGUCGAGAGAGAAGCGAAAGCCAAAAGCCAGAUGAAAGCGUUGGAUACUGGAGAGGGAGCCGACCGAAGAUAAGAAUAUUCUCUUCUCUUAAAAUCAUGCCGCUGCACAAAUCAACCCGGGCCCCCCGCCUGGAUCCUACAAUGAUCUCCGCCCCAUUAGGUGACUUUCGCCAUACCAUGCACAUUGGGAGGGGUGGCGACGCCUUUGGGGACACCUCCUUCCUUUCCACACUUGGCCCUAGCCAGGCCAGCAAUGACCAGGGAAGCACAGGAUCUGAGGCUCAGCCUGAGGUGACAGACGACCACAGUGAUCUUCAUAUGGAUGCUUCUGAAAGCCAACAGGACAACGAGCUUCAGCACUCUGAAUCGGUGUCUUCAUUCGACCUGGACCUGGAUCUGGGCCCGUCCAUGUUGGGAGAUGUACUAGGUGUGAUGGACGGUUUGGGGCUCGAUUCCAAUGAGGAGGAUGUGUUCAACCUCAAAAACGGCCCCUCCUCAGCGGGCUCAAAGCAAGGCAAAGGGCCCAGUGAGAUGUCUGUAAACAUGCUGAACGGGAAGGACUUGGUGGGUUUGGAUGGAAACCAGGUCGGGGACAGCAGGAUACCAGAUGGGAAUGGUAUGAAGCCAAAGGGGUUACGACCAAAAGUACGAUUCAGUGACAAGCGAGAGGAGAUCAUUCGCCACGCAUCUGAAGAGGAGGAGGGUCAAGGGUUCGACUUCCAGGACGAGGAUCAGCUGGAGUGUCUUAGUCCAACACGGGGUGAAGGUGAGAGUGUAGGAGGUGGAGGUGAAGCGGAGAUCGCCAAUCAUAGAUCAGAUCUGCCACCUAGUCCCGCCUCAUCACACAGCUCAGAGUAUGAAGGAGUGACCUCGUUGGACAGGAGGAGGGUCGACAGCGGCCACUCAGAGACUGAUUCAGAGGAGGAGGAAGAGGAAGGACGAGGCUACACAUUUGAGGAUGAGUUUGAUGAUGAAAUCGGUUUAUAGGGAGCAGGUGCAGUUACCCCUUGAAAACAAAUCUUUGCUGCCAACUAAAUCAAGUAUACUGUAUUUUCCUUAAACUCAUGUCAGCAUCAUUUGAAUGGGAGGCUUGGGAAGAAUGCAAACUGGAUUUCUAAGGACUUAAUGGAAGAUUACAGUUUGACGAUGUUGCUCAACUGGAAAAGACAUUUAAUGUUUCAUCUGCCCGGGUAACAGAUUUGCAAAAGAUAUAUCAAGUUGUAAUGUAGAUAAAUAACAAAGAGGUUAACAGCACUUUUGACUUAGUUCUUCUGGAUGCUUCGCCGUGAUAUCGAUUCUCAGUGAAAGCUUGAUUCAGGCUGAAUUAAUACAUUUGCAUUGUAAAGUUUUCAUGUCUUACAUUUGCCGUCUUAAGAGCACACAACAUGCGCUGUGAGCUCCACAUUUAAUGCCUCAAAUAGAGCUGCAUGCUUUCUUAAAUGUACCCUGUUGUGCCUUAUCAAUGUCUUAAUAGUCAUAUCUAAUAUUGCAUGUUUAUUACAGUCUCCGGGCCUUCUCUUCUUGUUUAAGCUUUACAAAUUGACCCCAGAGACUUUGUGAAAGGGAAUAAAUCCUGUGUAGUUAAAUACUGUGAAUUUGUCACAUUACAAAUCUAGACAGUGUGAUGUUUGUUUUUCACACAAAAUCUGACCCGUUGUCUUAUUGCAGUGAUUUACAAUGUUUCUAACAUACCAAAGCUUUUCUUUUUUUGCAGUUUGGUUCAUACUUAAAUGCUCAGACAAUCUUGGGAAUUCAAGGGUCAGUUGUAAUUCUUCACCAGUGGUGUAUUAAUGUACAUGUCUCUUUCUUGUAUAAUGCUGGUUAUUCAAAAAAAAGAAAAAAAAAGAAAAGUAUUGUAUUACAUUGUGCUGUAAAGAGGGACAGACCAUUGUGUUCAUCUUUUUGAAAAUGCUGGAUGUAAACACAUUUUUUAUCCCGUGGUUCCAAAAGGAUUACUGUGAGUACAAUAAAACACUUAUUGGGAUUUUUAAAUAUUCAA